UUGCCUAAACUAGAUUAUAGUUGGUUAAACAAGAUUAUCAUCGUCGCUGAGGCUGAAGCUGCUCGAGAAGCUCGUGCUAAGGUUAUCGCCGCUGAAGGAGAGCAAAAAGCUUCACGGGCUCUUAAAGAAGCUGCUGAUGUUAUUACCGAUUCACCUGCUGCUUUACAACUUCGUUACUUGCAAACUCUUUCAUCAAUCGCUGCGGAGAAAAAUUCAACAAUCGUGUUCCCAAUUCCAAUGGAAUUGUUCAAAGGACAUAUAACAAUGUGA